AUAGAUUGAGAUGUCAUCCAGUCCGGAACCCAUGGUGAGAAAAUCUGUUUCUCAGUCGAGAUAUUUGAACGUGGUUCCCCUGGAGGACAAAAAUAGAGAGCGGACAUUUCCUGUAUCGAAUGGCUGUCGUUUCCACGUGAUAUUACAUUUGCUUCUAUGGAGAAACACUUCACUGGCUGUCUACCUUACUAGCGAAGAUAAUUAAGUUCAUGCACGAGAGGCACACGAUCAACGUGCCGCAUUUGCUAUGGAUGUCCUGAGAAGACCUGCUGUUCUUGAGGAUUCGGUGUCCUACCGUUUGUUUCUGGUUCAGCCUGAGCCAUUGGAGAACCAUGCGCAGGAACAGCGUCUGCAGGCUAUGGUGCAGGAGAUUCUGGCAGAGGUUGCCCCGCUGCUCGUUCAGUAUAUCUGGCAAAACCAGCCAUUCAAUUUAAAGCACUACCCUGAGAAAGGUGGUGUUCCAGCACACAUUGGAGGGUCCACACAAUUCGGGGACAAUGUGGAGGACGAGUGGUUCAUCGUGUACCUCUUGCAGCAAAUCACACGCACCUUCCCCAAGCUGGCAGCCAGUGUGGAAGACAACGAUGGCCAGUUCCUUUUAAUCGAAGCAGCCGAUCACCUCCCCAAGUGGCUUAACCCAGAGAGCAGUGAAAACAGGGUGUUUCUCUUCCAAGGAGAGCUGCACAUCCUGCCCGUUACUUCUCGUGCAGGAGGUACUGGCUGGCCUCGUGAUGUCACGCCCAGUGUGACCCAAGCCCUCGCUUUCCUCUCCGCCCACAAAGAAGCCUGCCUGGCCAAUCACAAGAUCCGAUCCUCCAUGGAAAAGCGGCUGCAGGGGUACCCAGGCAAGAUCCAGGCCAGCCUGCACCAUGCCCACUGCUUUGUGCCAGCGGGCAUCGCGGUUGUGCUGGCCCGUCGACCAGAUCUCCUGGCGCCGGCUGUGUCCACGUUUUACCUGCGAGACCCCCUGGACCUGCAGGCCUGUCGCACCUUCCAAACCUUUCCCCCGGAGACCCGAGUCCUCACCAGGGUGACGUUCACGAGAUGCCUGUAUGCUCAGCUGCAGCAGCAGCGUUUCACUCCAGACCGGCGUAGCGGCUUCACCCUGCCCGCCCCCUCGCACCCCCAGUACCGCGCCCACGAGCUGGGGAUGAAGCUGGCCCACGGAUUUGAGAUCCUGUGCUCAAGGUGCCGCCAGCCGUCGACCAAGCCGGAUGUCCCGGUUAGCUGCAGUCCCCUCUGGAAAGGCUUCCUGGACAGUCUGAAGAAGAACGAUUAUUUCAGAGGGGAGAUGGAGGGAUCCUUGCACUAUAGAGAGCUGAUGGCGUCAGCGGAGAACUUCUUCCGGCAGUCAGUGUCCACUCCUGAGAGUGUGAGGUCUCCAGGGCAGGAGGUGCUGCAGGUUCUGCAGAGCUGCCCCUUCAGCCUAGAGGAGCUCAGGAAGCAGGAGCCUGACCUCCCCCCUGAGGACAGUGACAGCUGGCUGGACCUCUCUCCCCAGGACCUUGAGCGUCUGUUGGAGGAGAAGGCAGGCGGGAGGGCGAGCAGCUCAGACCCGCGUCAUGGCAACAGGACAGAGACAGCCAAUCAGGAGGAGGCUGGGUACAGCCUGGUGGCGGUGACGCAGGGCAUGAAGAAGUUCAUCAACGCUGUGUCCUCGCACGAGGGAGCCGAGCUGCCCUGGUCCCAUUCAAACGAGCCCUUCAGUUUUGACCCAAACUCCAUGGCCACUGCAUUGGACAGGCUGCUGGGAGGCCCAGACCAGGAGCUGGAUUCAGAUGAUCUUGAAGAUGAUAAUGAUGAUGACGAAGAUGACGACGAUGAUGACGACGAUGAUGAUGAUGAUGAUGGAGUUGCGGUUGAGUCUGAGGGUGGAGGUCCCGUGCAUGCAGGAGCGGAGGGAGCAGAGGCUUUGGGAAGUCUCAGGAAGUACAUGGAUGAGAUGGAUCAGGAGUUGAAGGACACCAACAUUGGACAGAGCUUCGCCCAGAACGGCGGCGACAGAUCGGGUCCUGCAGAGGGACUGGUUCAGCCCGGGGACAGUGAGGAGGAGGUCCUCCCGCUGGAUGUGGAUCUGAACCUGGUCACCAACCUGCUGCAGUCUCUCAGUUCCCAGGCUGGCCUGGCUGGCCCCGCCUCCAACCUGCUACAGAGCCUGGGCAUUCACCUACCACCUAACGCAGACCAGUGAACACACACACACUUACACACACAGACACACACAC